AUGACGUUCCAACGCAAAGCAUCCUCGUCCAAAUCCGACUCCGGUAAUACCAUAGAAAUCGACCCAGAGCCCAACGAGAGAGUCGAUCAAGCACUCUCGACCACACCCCAAAUCCAUUUCGAUUUCGACAACAUGACGCUCGCGGGAAUGUUAGCUCCUCUCUCGACUCUGACUCAUCUCCAUCUCGGAACGGUUAGCUUUGACGACGUAUAUCAGGUUUUGUCGAGUGCCCCUCAGUUGCUCUUUCUCAGCUUCACGGCCAGCAACAGAUCUGAUACUUUAAACACCUGCACCAGAAUCCAGCAUGACCGUCUCCAAGCUCUCCAUAUCGUCAUCGAGUCGGGGGCACACGCAGAGGCAUUGACGUUUACUCGACUGGCAAGCUUUCCGAACUUGACUUCGCUUGACAUCAGCUUCAAGCAUGGAGGACAAGGUAUCGACAGCCCAGUUCCAUUGGCGUACCAAGCAAAAGCAGACGCCUUCCUUUCGAGCUUCAUUGCGCCUUUCAGACACACUUUAGCUUAUCUAUCCCUGCAGGAAUUGGAUGGUCACUCGCCGGAGAUUCUCUCCCCGCGGGCGCUUCAGGCUGUGGCACACCAGACUCCAAAUCUGGUCCAGUUCUAUGCAAAGAGACAUGCCUUAUCAAAGGACAGCGAAUUCGAGGCGGUCAUUGCAUUCCUAACUGGCGGCGAUAGCAAGCCAAACACCGCCACCAACUUCGACGACCUUUUGCGCUGCAUUAUGCGUUACGCCCUGUGGCCCAAGCUACAGUAUUUCCGAUGGGACUGCGGCGAUUCCACUGACAUUUCCGACCGUGCGCUGCUCGAGUUCAUGCGAAGCCGAUCCGGCCAGUAUUACUAUCACGACUGGCGAGUUGUCCCUCUUCAUCAAAUCGUCGUAACUCUCCCGCGAAAGCAGAACUUUCCUAUCAGUCUAUGGGAUCUUGAAGGACUCCGGUACGAGAUCGGCUACACUGACAAGUAUUAUUCGAAGGAUGGAACCACACAGUACCUCCCUUUCGGACGAUCCGGGACAGCGAGAGGUACGGUGGGAUCCAAAAUUCGGGAGACGUCCUACAAUGCUUCGGGCUCACACAGGCGCUACUCUGCCUGA